CCCACUCCUCGUCCUCCCUCCACUUUUCUUCACGUCUGCUUCUCUCUCUCUUGCUUCUAUGAUUUGGGUUUGAAGAUGGGAAAUGCGAACGGCAAAGAAGACGAAGCCGUCUCUAACGUAGACGCAGAUGCCAACGGCGGUGAUCCUUCCUCCCGCACUCGUCAUGGACCUGGUCGUCCUUCCUCAGACUCUAUGAGCAGUUCUCCUCCCGGCAGCCCAGCUCGAUCUCCUUCUCCUUUCUUAUUCGCUCCUCAGGUUCCAGUGGCUCCAUUGCAGAGGACAAUAAACGCCCCUCCUUCGCCUAAUAAAAUCCAGUGGAACCAAUCUCAAAGAGUUUCUGAUCAUCCCGAAGAGCAAGGAAUCCCUAUUAUCAUUACAUGGAACCAGGGAGGUAAUGAUGUGGCGGUAGAAGGAUCAUGGGACAACUGGAGAUCAAGGAAGAAGCUGGAGAAAUCUGGAAAAGACCACUCGAUUCUCUUUGUCCUUCCAUCUGGCAUAUACCAUUACAAGGUGAUCGUCGAUGGUGAAAGCAAACACAUCCCGGAGUUACCCUUUGUAUCAGACGAAAUGGGCAAUGUCUGUAACAUUCUCGAUGUUCAUAACUUUGUGCCAGAAAACCCUGAAAGCAUAGCUGAGUUUGAGGCGCCACCGUCACCUGAUCAUAGCUACGGACAAACUCUCCCAACAGCAGAGGAUUACACAAAAGAUCCACUCGCGGUGCCACCUCAGCUUCGUCUAACACUUGUGGACAGUAGUGAGGAAACAGGCAAAGCCGCAAAGCCUCAGCAUGUGGUGCUUAACCAUGUGUUCAUAGAGCAAGGGUGGAGCCCUCAAUCCAUUGUAGCUUUGGGUUUGACCCACAGGUUCGAGUCUAAGUACAUAACUGUUGUCCUCUACAAACCACUUCCACGUUAAACCUAAAACCCAAAUCCAAUGCCACAUUGUGUUUUUUUUUUCCUUCAUUUCUAAACUCUGUGAGAACUUGUCCUUUGUUCAUAGUGAUUAGUGAGUGAGUGCACAACUUUGCUAUAUGUAUAAAGCUUCUCAAUGUAACAAACAAAACCCUAUUUUUUUACGUUUUUGUAACUGUAAUUACACUUCAUUGCUAAUAACAAGCUUAUUAUAUGCUUGCAACCA